GUAAGCUCGGGGACAUUCAAAUGAAAAAAAGCCCACAGUUGCAGCUUGGACUUGAGUGAAACAAUGUCGAAGACAUGUGAAAGAACAUCGAUCAAAAAGCAAGGGCUACUUUAUAGAGGGAAUCCUGGUGUGAAACUAAAGUAACCAUUAGUUUACUGUUUCUCAAAUAGAUGAAAUCCAAGCCGAUGCCUCAACUUCCAAUUAUUGUGGAUGGUGAUUGCGACUCACGAUUCGACAAAGUUAAACAAGUUUUUCAUAAUAAUUUCACACAACGAUGGGAAAGUGAGGGUGCAGCAUUCGCUGUAUAUCUGAAAGGUGAGAAAGUGGUCGAUCUAUGGGGUGGAUAUGCAGAUUCAACAUCACGCCGAAAGUGGAAAAACGAUACAAUGACGCUAUUGUUUAGCUCUACUAAGAGUAUAUGUGCGAUAUGUUUUGCGAUGUUGAUCGACCGUGGCUUGGUUGCAUAUGAAGAUCUGGUUACCAAAUAUUGGCCUGAGUUUGGACAAAAUGGUAAGGAAACGAUUACUAUCGAAACACUACUUUCACACCAGGGUGGACUAGCUUAUGUGGACAAUGUGAUUGAGGAGUCCGAUAUAAGGGAUUGGAGACGAAUGUCGAAGAUUUUUGAAGAUCAAAAACCAAAUUGGACACCAGGACAAGAAGUCGGUUAUCAUGCCGUGACAUUUGGCUGGUUGGUCGAUCAGCUAAUGCGGAGGAUUGAUCCUGAGGAACGUUCAUUGUCGCAGUUUUUCAAAGAAGAAAUAACUGAGCCACAUAGUAUGCUCAUUUUUUAUUGA